AUGUCCCAAAUCAUUGUCACACAAGAUCACGAAGCCACGCUCGAACAUGUUCAAUUUCCAUACGAAUAUUCAUCAUGGCCAUUUAUACAAUCAAAAUUACAACCUAUGGUACAAGAUCCGAAAUCCAUCACCAAACAAUUAGUAAUUGAUAUUAUUGAAUCGAUCAAGGUGAAUCAUUUCGGAAAGCCUAAGAAGGAAGAUGAAAAUCCCGACAAGUAUCUUGUAUUAUAUCAAGCUAUGGAAUUAUUUGAGGAACAAUAUUAUCCUGACGAUUAUAAUAGUGAUGAUUUCUUGAGUACUGUUAUUCCAUUUAUUGCACAUUUAGUAUUAAAGAGUGAGGAUUAUCUUCCUAAACAAUCAAUUCAAUAUUUAAAGAAGGGAGAAUCGAAAACUUUAACAAUUUCUAAACUUGGAGCUGCAUGUAUUUUAGCAAAUAGCUUUUUCUGUACUUGGUAUAGACUCAGUUAUGAUCCAUUGUGGAAAUAUUUCCCAUCAAUUAAUUAUGAUGAAAUGUAUGGAAAAUUCCCUAAUUUUAGACCUCAAUUUGCCAAGACAAUGAUGUUAUUGAACUAUUUUGCUAGAGUUCAUAAGAGUUUUGCUGAUUAUUCAUCAAAUCCAAAUCUUGGCAUUUCAUUUACAAGACAUUAUUUGACUCCAAUUCCAAGCUUUGAAUAUAGCGAUUUGCCACUAUGUGACGUUCAUGUUAAUAGUCAGGGAUCUAUUGCUGAUUCUCAUGAUGCAGUUCAAAUUGAUUUUGCUAACAAAUUUAUUGGAGGAGCUUCUAUUUCAUUUGGAUGUGUUCAAGAAGAAAUUGAAUUCUCAUUGUGUCCUGAAAUGAAUAUUGCCAGAUUGUUCUGUCAUGUCAUGGGUGAUAGGGAAUCUAUUUUAAUUACUGGUGCUGAGCAAUAUUCUAAACACAAGGGUUAUGCGUUUAGUUUGGAUUAUGCUGGUAAUUUUAUAGAUUUGAAUAAGGAUUCAAAUGGAAAUUCAUUGAAACAAACUAGUGCUAUUGAUGCUUUGAUAUUCAAUAAGUUAAAUUUCCUUUCACAAUGGGAAAAGGAAACCAUUGAUAGAGAAAUUAUCAAAUCUCUCUCUGGUUUCUCAUCUUCCAAGACAAUGGAUAAGAUUUCAACUGGAAACUGGGGAUGUGGGGCAUUCUUGGGUGACGUGGAGUUGAAGGCAAUCAUUCAAGUAAUUUCUGCUUCUUUAGCUCAAAAGAGUUUAGUUUAUUAUUCAUUCCAAAGAAAAGAAGUGGAAGUAUUAGCACCUCUUGUCGAAGAUUUGAACAAACAGGGAAUUACUGUUGGAGCUCUUUAUCAAAGUUUGCUGAAAGUUAAACAAUUUGCUUCUAAUAAUCAAGUUGCAACAUUCACUGCACUGAGAAAACUUCUCUUAUAAUUGUGAAUGUAACAUGAAUUGGUCUUAUUGUAGUUUUCGAGAAACCAAGUAAAUUUUUAUCCAUGUAAA